UAAAAUUGUAUAUUUAUAAGUUAUAGAAUGUAUAAAUCUUAAAGUAUUAUAUAUACUUAUUAAAUCUAUAUUAAUAUGUUAAUUAAUUUCCUGGCAGAAGAGAGGUCAUAAGCCCGUACACUUUAAAAAAAUUUUUUUUAGUGUUUAUUUAUUUUUGAGAGAGAGAGACAGAGCACAAGCAGGGGAGGGGCAGAGAGAGAGGGAAACACAGAAUCUGAAGCAGGCUCCAGGCUCCCAGCUGUCAGCACAGAGCCCGACGCGGGGCUAGAACCCACGGAUCUCGAGGUCAUGACCUGAGCCGAAGUUGGACACUCAGCCGACUGAGCCACCCAGGUGCCCCAGUCCAUACAUUUUUAUUUGUUACACGGGCCUCACGUCAUUUGUCUUACUCAUUAUUUGAAGGAUUUCGAGUACGUACAGUGUGCUAGGGGUGGAGGAAUUAAAGGGUGCAGGACUCUGGCUCCGUUAAGCUUACAGGCUGCUUAAGUUAUAGUUCUGCUUUCGCGGGCUCGUAAUGACAGACUUUAUUCCACUGCAUCCACUGGGCUGUGAAGCUGGAGUUCCCAUCCUCACACCCCACUGUUUGCCCUCGCCUGUGUAUUUCUGGAGUAUCUGGGACUCUUACACUUCACUUGCCCUUGGGUUUCCAGGGGUGAUAGGGGGUGGUUGCACAGACAGGAUUUCAAGGUUUCCUUCUGUUGUUAAAUUUUAGUUGGCUUAGAUUUCACAAAAGCGCAAGUGUUUUGCAUACAUAUUGCGAUACUGUGUACUCACUAGCAUCUCCGUGAAGCGUACCUGCAGAUAACCAACAAAUUUUUGCACUAUUUACUUUGUAAGUGAAGAAACUAGGGGACAAAGCCAGGUCACCUUCUCUGAAUUGACAUCCCAUCUGACUAGAUGAACCAAGAUGUCUUAUCUUUCUGGCUAAUGCGCUGUCUGUUAAACCACAUUGUGCUAAUGACCGCAAAGGGGGACUGACUUCCUUAAACAUAACUUCACUGACCACCUGUAUACAUAGUUUCCUUCCUCCUUCCCUGCUUUGGCUCUGUGUAUCAGACCUUCUUUUAACCUUGAUGGUUUGUGUUUCUUUUUUUCCUCACUGCCCCCCUGUGAGGUGGGAGUCCUAUGCAUACAAGUAAAUUAGAGUUUGUGGAAGAGAGACCUACAGAGAGAAAAGAUUUCUGUGAAUGGUUGUGUGAAAGAAGUUGAAAAGGGUUAUGCUUAGACGGUAACCCUUAAAAACUUUAAGGUGGGUUUGGUUAAACAAACAGUUCAUUUCAUAAAUACUUGAUUCUUCACAGAAAAAACUCACAAGUAACUCAAUUAAAUGUGAAUUUAAUCACUCAUAGUCAAUCCCAACAGGAGAGAACAGUGUCACAGCUGGAAAGGACCCCCUAUAAAUCUACCAUAGUAUAUUAAGUUUGUUUAACAUUUUUUAUGAGUUAAGGAAAUGGAGUUUUAGGUCGAUUCAGUCCCGACUAGGAUUGACUAUAGUACAACAUCAAAAUAAAUGGUACAGAUUUGAAUUGUCGUGGAAAAAGGUGAGUAGCUUCAUGCUAAAGAUCAAAUAUGUAAUUCAGAAUUUUUCUUUUUUUAAAGAAAAUGUUUUUUUUCUGAGAGAGAGAGGGUCCCAAGCAGGCACCACACUGUCAGCACAGAGCCCAAUGCGGGGCUUGAUCUCGUGAACCGUGUGAUCGUGAUCUGAGCUGCAAUCAAGAGUCAGACACUUAACCGACUGAGCCACCCAGGCACCCCAGAAUUUUAUUUUUAAGUUUUAUUUAUUUAAGUAAUCUCUACACCCAACAUGGGGCUUGAACUCAUGACCUGAGAUCGAGAGGCGCAUGCUCUUCUGACUGAGCCAGCCAGGUGCCCUGUUUUAUUUUUAUUUUUUUUUACUGGGUCAUUUCUUUAUUUUCAGAUGUCCCAUUUGAUCACUUUUUAAGGACGGUUGUGAUGACUGAAACAUCUGUAGGAAACAAAACCCAAAUCCACUGGAUGAGAUAGUGUAUUCCAUGAGGUUCUCGAAUCAAUUUAUCAGCAGUUGUCUGCUCUUACUUAAUUAUAAGGAACUGCAGUUGUGGUCUAAGGCUCAUUUCCAAAUUAAUAGUUUCUGUGCAUUAGAGAGUGAGAGAUUAACACUGUGGACUCUGGAGCCAGAUUACCUGGGUUCAAAUCCUAAAUUUGUUACUUUUUGCCGUGUGACCUUGGACAAGUUACUUAAUCUCUACACCUCAUUUUUUCAUCUUCAAACUGGGGAGAAAGUAGGACUACCCUCCUAGGUUUUGGUAAGGAGUAAAUGGGUCGCUGUAUGUGAAGUGACCAGGGCAGUUCCUGGCAUAGAGCAGGUACCAUAUAAGCACCGGCAGUUUCUGUUCUGGCUCUACACAUGAGAUACGUUGCACUCUCACCCACUUUUGUCUUUGUUAUAUAUGUAUUUCAAGGUUUUUGCUCUUGAGUCUGGCUUUUCUCAGAUCUAGACGUUUUUGCGCUAAGCAUAACUGGGUCAUUCUCCUAGGAUCGCAGGGGAUCCACUCUUUGAAUUGAUCUCUGUUGCUUGCAGUCAGCUGCAUUUGGGGGUUCUGGUAACCGGUGGAAAUGCAUGCCUCACAGUAAGGCUAGUUCACAUCCCGGCAUCUCUGAGCCUGUGUUGGUAGAGCUCUCACCGGGACUGUCUGCUCUGAAGGUUUUCCUCUGGAUGUUUGUGAGUGGAGAGCGUGAUGGGAUCCUGGCUGUGAUAAAUGUGCUGCUUUAGUGUGACAUUUUCAUACACCAGAGGUGGGUCUGCCAUGAAGUUAAAGAAAAGCAAGCAUUAGAGACUUUUCAUUCCAGAGCCCUUUCUGAGGUUCCGGGAGGCCCCCUAGCAGUUUUGUAUUCAUAAUUUUGCACUUAAAAAAAAAAAAGUCUUCUUCUUAAAGCGUAUAAGCUUCAGGCCACUCAAAACCUUGAUCUGUUUCUACAGAGCGUAAAGACUUUAUUUGUCCUAAUACCUGACGCCAUCUAUAAAUUAUGCCAGUGAAAUAACUCCCAAGCACCUCCAUUGUAAACCAUCGCAUCUAUAAUUGGUUUCUGUUCUUAGAAGUCUUCCUUUCAAGAACAAAGUGAUAUAUAUCUACUUUAAUCUGUUAAAUUUAUCUUUAAUACUUUCAGAGUUGUUUUUUAAAGUACCAUACAUUCUUUUUAAGUUUGUUUAUUUAUUUUGAGAGAGAGAGAGAGAGAGAAAAUGUGCUAGUGGGGGAGGGGCAGAGGGAGAGAGAGAAUCCCAAGUAGGCUCCUUGCUGUCAGUACAGAGCCUGACACGGGGCUCAAACUCAUGAACCGUGGGAUCACACCUGAGCCAAAAUCAAGAGUCAGAUGCUUAACUGACUGAGCCAUCCAGGUGCCCCGAAGUACCAUACUUUUCUUGUUAAAUGAAUUCCUGAGUGUGUUAUGGUUAUAGUUACUCUUGUGAAUAAGUUAUUUUUCAUUGUAUGUUUGUUGUAAUUAGGUGCUGUUAAUAUAUAACCAAGCUCUUGAUCAUUAUAAAUCUAUUUUGUAACUUACCAGUAUACCACGCUAUUUCUAAAUAUUACAUAGAGGCACAAUUUUCUAUACCAACUUUGCUAUAAAAAGGAUUAUUUUCUAUUAAAUUUAAUCCAAAUAAUGGAUAAAUUUGCUAAUUUUUUAAAAGUUAGCAAAAAUAAAAGCAUUUUCAGUUCUAAGUAGGAAUACUCAAAAGGGUAGGAUUAAAUAUUUCUUUGCUGAGCAAAUUUUAAACUGUGUGCUGGAGGGAAGUAUUGAUGGUGGAGGAAUGUACAUAACUAAUAACAGCAAACUUUCUGAAUUGACUGAAAUAUAAAAUUUAAAAGCAGAGAAGUCUGAGUUUGUAACUCAUAAUCACUACCAAUUGGUGGAGUAAGAAGAUUCAAAUGUAGGCCAUUUGACUUAGAAGUUCCCCAGACGUCUCUACCUUAAUUUUCUAGCCAAAUAAGCAAACAAACAAACAAAAACAAAACAAAACAAAAACAUGCCUCUUUUUACUUGAAUCAAUUAAAAAAUUACUACAAUCAAUUAUUUUGUGGUGGAUAAUGUUCCAAGCUCUGAGGACACAAAAACAUAUACAAAGCAAAUGUCCUGCUGUCAUGGAACUUACAUUCUAGAGGAGAAAGGCAGCAUACAGAUAAACCAAUAAAUAUCUCCCACCUUGAAAAAAAGCAAAGCAGGAUGGGAGGGGUGGGGACUUGCAUGCUUGUGGGUUUUCUUUCUUUUCUUUUCUUUCUUUCUGUUCUUUCUUUCUUUCUUUCUUUGGUCAGUGGUCAGGGAAUAGAGAUCUUAAGAAAAGACAGGCAGGGGGGAGGGGAAGUCCUUGGGGAGGGGAACCAGGACUGCAAGGCGUCAGGAAAGGCAGGUGGUGCUUCCGUGCUCAGGGAACAGCAGAGAGGCUAAGGGGCUGAAAUGGAAUGGAGUGGGGUGUAGUGGUGGAGGAGGCCAGAGAUCUUUGGGGGCCAUGGAGAAGACUUUGGAUUUUUUGUUUUUUAAUGUGAUGGGAGAUUUUGGAGGGUUAUGAGUGGGGAGUGGCAAAGUUUGGCCCUUCUGUUCAUGUACUUCAAGACACUGGGGCACAGUGGAACAUGAAUUGGCAGAGAGAAUUGGCUGUGCCAGCCCAUUUGACCCUGGGGAGGUCAUUUACCCAGUCAGUGCCCCAGUUUCUACUCUAAAAUGAAGAAAUUGGAUUAUGUGAGUAAUUCACUAGAAUCGUUUUCAUGGCCAAUUAUGAUUCUCAGAUCUUAAAAUAGUUAUUAAACAUCCACAUGUAUUGGCAGCCAUUGUUGACUAUGGGGAAGAGGAGACCCUCCCCUUCCCACUUUCUGCUCAGACUUUGGAACUUCCCUGUCUCCGCCCUGAGCCUUUCCCCUGAGCCUCACCCCUCCCUCUGAGUAGGUGUGUGUAUAGUGGUGUUUCACUGUUUUUUCAACCUGCAUUUCUCGGGUUACUACAGUAGAUGAGCAAGUCUGUGUAUUUACAUUGUCCAUUGGCAUUUACUCUCUGUUGAAGUGCCUAUUUGGAUAUUUUUCCUUCUUUUCUCAAUUAGAAAAAUUUCUUACUUAUUUUUAAAAGAUACAUAUAUUCUGAAUCAAACUCAUUGUCCCUAUAUGCUUUGCAGAUACUUGUUUGUACUUGGUGGCUUGUCUUUUUUUUUUUUUUUUUAAUUAUGGUGGUAAAAUACACAUAAAAUUUACCAUUGUAACCAUUUUAAAUUGUACAGAUCAGUGGCAGUAAGCACAUUCAUCAUGUUGUGCAACAAUUACCACUGUCUGGUUCCAAAGCUUUUCAUCACCCCUAACAGGAACCUUGAGAAAGUUCUGUGUGCACUUAAGAAGAAUGUGUAUUCUGGUGCUUUUGGAUGGAAUGUUCUGUACAUAUCUGUUAAGUUUCUUUGGUCUAUUUAAGGCUGAUGUUCUCUUAUUGAUUUUCUAUCUGGAUGCAAGUAGGGUAUUAAAGACCCCUAUUAUUAUUGUAUUUCUGUAUAUUUCUACCUUUAGGUCUGUUAAUGUUUGCUUUAUAUAUUUAGGUGCUUCUAUGUUGCGUGCAUGAAUAUUUACAAAUGUUAUAUCCUUUUGUUGGAAUGACCCUUUUAUCAUGAUGUAAUGCCCUUUUUUGAUUCUUAUUAUAGUCUUUGUUUUAAACUCUGUUUUUUCUGGGGCACGUGGGUGGCUCCAUCGAUUGAACGACUGACUUUGGCUCAAGUCAUGAUCUCACAGUUCUCGAUUUCAGGCCCCACAUCGGGCUCGCUGCUAUCAACACAGAGCCUGCUUUGGAUCCUCUGUCCCCAUCUCUCUGCCCUGCCCUGCUUGCACUCUCUCUCUCAAAAAUAAAUAAACAUUUUUAAAAAGUCUAUUUUUUCUGAUGUGUGUAUAGCUACCCCAACAUUCUUUUGGUUUCCAUUUGCAUGGAAGAUCUUUUUCUAUUCCUUCACUUUUAGUCUGUGUGUGCCUUUUACAUCUAAAGGAGUCUCAGGGCACCUGGGUAGUUAAGCAUCUGACUCUUGAUUUCUGUUCAGGUCACGAUCUCAUGGUUUGUGGGAUCAAGCCCUGCAUUGGGCUCUGCACUGACAGCAAGGAGCCCGCUUGGGAUUCUCUCUCUCCCUCUGUCUCUGCCCCUCCCCUGUUCUCUCUCUCUUUCUCUCAAAAUAAAUAAAUAAACAACAAAAAAAUGAAUCUUUUGGCCCUAGUCACUGACCCACCCCUGAGGACUCAGCGGCACCACCCUUGAGCCCCCUUGCUUCCCAGUGCUCUGUCCCGCGUGCCAACCUUCUCUCACCACCACCUUCCGUGGGCCGUUUCCACCAAGGAAAAGGGAUUGUAUCUUAUGUCUGCUAUCUGGAAUCUCCACUCUUUUGGCCCCUUUGCUGAUGCAAGUAAGGGUGAUAAUCUGUUUCCUGCUAAAGAUUAUAUCCAUAAGCAUUCAUCGGAGAAUAGCAGCAGAAAAAUCCAGGGGAUUGCUGAUGAUUAUGAUAAAAAGAAACUAGUGAAGGUCUUUAAGAAGAAAUUUGCCUGUAAUAGUACUAUAAUUGAGCAUCCAGAACAUAGAGAAGUAAUUCAGCUACAGGGUGACCAGCACAAGGACGUAUGCCAAUUCAUAGAGAUUGGACUGGCUGAGGACAACCAGCUGAAGGUUCAUGGCUGUAAGUGCUUUUGGCUCACUGAAGCUUUAGUGAGGAUUUCCUCACAAUGAGUAGAAUUUCCCUUCUGUCCCUUGUCACCAGUUUAAAAAUCUCACAGCUUAUGUAAUGUAACCAUUUCGGAUCCACUUUUAACUUGGACUAGUGUUACUCCUUCAUGCAAUGAACUGAAAAGAGCCAAAAAGAAAAAAAAAAAAAAAAGACUGAAUC